UCCGACCAAACAUGGCAUCUCACGAAGGGGAUUCAGAAGCCGGUGCUGGAGGAAUGAUGUGGAUGCUGUGUGCUGCACUGCUGGUUCUGAGCUCUGUCAGCUCUGUUGAUGGAGACUCAAAAGCCGUUACCACAACACUGACUACUAAAUGGCCCUCUACACCUCUCCUUCUGGAGGCUAGUGAAUUCCUUGCUGAAGAGAGUCAGGACAAGUUCUGGGACUUUGUGGAAGCCAACCAAGAUAUUGAAAAGGAUCAUGAUAACACAGACUUGGCUUACCAUGAACUGAUCCUGAAGAGGGCCAGUGCACUGCUGAGCCCUGUGCAGCUAAACCUGCUGAAGUUUGCUUUGUCUCUGAGGACCUAUUCAUCCACUGUGCAUUCUUUCCAGCAGAUCGCAUCUAAUGUGCCUCCUCCACCCGGCUGUAAAGCUUUCUUCAAUGUCCAUGGACAAACAACUUGUAACACAGAAAACCUUAAGGCCAUGAUAGAUACUGCCUUAGAACGGCCAAAACCACUUCUGUUUAAAGGUGAUCACAAAUUUCCUUCAGCCAAUCCAGAUGCACCUGUUGUGAUUCUUUAUGCUGAGAUGGGCACCAAAGAGUUCUCAACAUUUCAUCAACUGAUGCUGGGCAAAGCCAACAAGGGCCUGAUCACCUAUGUUUUACGCCACUUCCUGGCAAACCCAAGCAAAAGUAAAGUGUAUAUGUCGGGAUAUGGAGUGGAACUGGCUAUCAAAAACCAAGAAUACAAAGCUAAAGAUGAUACACAAGUUCAAGCAGGAGCAGAUGUGAAUGCAACGGUAAUAGGUGAAAACGAUCCUGUGGAUGAAGUUCAGGGCUUUUUGUUUGGCAAACUCAAGACUGUUUAUCCUGAACUAAAGGAACAACUAAAGGAGCUUCGUAAUCAUUUGAUUGAGAGCACCAAUGAGAUGGCCCCUCUUAAAGUCUGGCAGAUGCAAGAUCUUAGCUUCCAGACUGCCGCCCGUAUUCUGGCAGCUCCUUCUGUAGAUGCUCUCAACGUCAUGAGGGAUUUGAGUCAAAACUUCCCCACCAAAGCCAGGUCUUUAACAAAGACGGUGGUGAAUUCAGAGAUUCGUAGAGAGAUUGAGGAAAAUCAAAAGUAUUUUAAGGGCACAUUGGGCCUCCAGCCUGGUGACUCAGCUCUUUUUAUCAAUGGACUUAGUAUUGACCUGGAUGUGCAGGACAUUUUCAGCAUCUUUGAUGUGUUAAGGAACGAGGCGCGAGUCAUGGAGGGUUUACGCAGUCUGCAAAUAGACAACACUUAUAUCCACGACAUCCUGAAACUUAACGUCCAGCCAUCAGAUUCGGACUACGGCGUGGAUAUCCGCAGCCCUGCUGUUAACUGGAUUAAUAACCUGGAGACAGAUGGACGGUAUAUGUCUUGGCCGUCGAAUGUACAGGAGCUACUCCGGCCCACCUUUCCUGGAGUCAUUCGACAGAUCCGCAAGAACUUUCACAAUUUGGUGAUGAUCGUGGACCCGACACAUGUGAAUACGGCUGAGCUGAUCAGCGUGGCAGAGAUGUUUUACAGCAACAACAUCCCACUCAGAAUUGGACUGGUGUUUGUGGUGAAUGAUUCUGAUGAUGUUGAUGGGAUGCAGGACACUGGUGUGGCCCUGCUCAGAGCUUUCAACUACAUUGCCAGUGAUGUGGAUAACCAGAUGGCAUUCGAUGCCGUUAUUUCAAUGCUGAACAAAGUUCCCAGUGGAGGCCUGUUGAAGGUGGAGAAUGUGGUGGAUGUGAUGAAAAAGAGAUAUCCCUACAUAGAGAUCAGCAGCGUCCUGGGGCCUGACUCUGCCUAUGACAACAACAGAAAAGAGGGGAAAGCAUAUUACGAGCAGACCGGUGUUGGCCCGCUGCCCGUGGUCUUGUAUAACGGAAUGCCUUUACAGCGUGAGCAAUUAGACCCCGAUGAGCUGGAGACGGUCGUCAUGCACAAGAUCCUCGAAACCACCAGCUUUUUUCAGCGUGCCGUGUACCUGGGUGAACUAAACGGUGAUCAUGAUAUGGUGGACUUUAUCAUGAAUCAACCCAACGUGGUCCCACGAAUCAAUUCCAGAAUCUUGACCACCAGCAGGAACUAUCUGGAUCUCUCCGCCACCAACAAUCAUUUUAUCGAUGAAUAUGCUCGGUUUCUCUUCCUCGACACCAAAGACAAGAAUGCAGCAGUGGCCAACAGUAUGAAUUACAUGACAAAGAAAGAUGAUGGCAUCAUCCGUCCUGUGACUUUCUGGGUGGUGGGUGACUUUGACCAGCCCUCGGGAAGGCAGCUGCUUUACGAUGCCAUACGACACACGAAAACCAGUAAUAAUGUCCGUUUGGGAGUGAUCAAUAACCCCAGCGAGAGCCCAUCUAAUGAGAACAGUCUGAUAGCUCGCGCCAUCUGGUCAGCCAUGCAGACACAAACCUCCAACAACGCCAAGAACUUCAUCACCAAAAUGGCUAAAGACGAAACUGCACAGGCUCUGUACGCAGGGAGUGACAUUGCAGAGUUUGCUGUUGGGGGCAUGGAUGUUCCUCUGUUUAAGAGUGCGUAUGAAUCUCCUAAAGUGGACUUCCUGUUAGCUCACUCCGCCUUUUGCCGGGACGUCCUCAAAUUGCAGAAGGGUCAAAGAGCUGUGAUCAGCAACGGCCGGAUCAUUGGUCCACUGAAGAAAGGGGAGAUCUUUAACCAAGAUGACUUCCUGCUUCUAGAAAGCAUCAUCCUGAAGACGUCAGGGGAGAGGAUCAAGGGCAAAAUUCAACAGCUGGGCAUGGUAGAGGACAGAGCUAGUGAUUUGGUCAUGAAGGUGGAUGCACUGCUCUCCUCCCAGCCCAAAGUUGAAGCAAGGAUGGAACACACCUUUGCGGAAGACAAAUACAGUGCAAUGAAAAUCAGGCCAAAGGAACAGGAAGUGUACUUCGAUGUGGUCGCUAUAGUGGAUCCAGUGACCAGAGAUGCUCAGAAACUGGCACCUUUCCUCCUGGUCCUGAAGCAGCUGGUCAAUGUCAACCUGCGAGUGUUCAUGAACUGCCAGUCCAAGCUCUCUGACCUCCCGCUGAAAAGUUUCUACCGAUAUGUCUUGGAGCCAGAGAUAGCCUUUUCGGCAGACAGCAGCUUUGCUCCAGGUCCGAUGGCUAAAUUCCUGGACAUGCCUCAGUCGCCCCUGUUCACUCUCAACCUUAACACACCCGAGAGCUGGAUGGUUGAGUCUGUCCAUACUCGCUAUGAUCUGGAUAACAUCUACCUAGAAGAGGUGGACAGUGUUGUGGCCGCCGAGUACGAGCUUGAACAUUUAUUACUGGAGGGUCACUGUUUUGACGUAACGACGGGUCAGCCGCCCCGCGGGCUGGAGUUCACACUGGGCACUGUUUCUGACCCAGUUAUAGUUGACACCAUCGUCAUGGCCAACCUGGGUUAUUUCCAGAUGAAAGCAAACCCAGGAGCCUGGAUCCUCCGACUACGAAAAGGCCGGUCGGAUGAUAUCUACAAAAUCUACAGUCAUGAUGGCACAGACUCUCCAGCCGAAGCUGAGGAUUUAAUUGUCGUCCUUAACAACUUCAAAAGCAGGAUAAUUAAAGUGAAAGUGCAGAAAAAGCCCGACAUGAUGAAUGAGGAGCUUCUGAGCGAUGAUACUCACGAGAACGAGUCUGGGUUCUGGACGUCUCUAACCAGAGGGCUUACUGGUGGUUCCAAACCAGUCGAAACCAAGCAGGAGAAGGACGAUGUCAUCAACAUAUUCUCUGUGGCCUCAGGUCACUUAUACGAGAGGUUCCUCAGGAUAAUGAUGCUGUCUGUGCUCAAACACACCAAGACACCUGUCAAGUUCUGGUUUCUCAAAAACUACCUGUCCCCAACUUUUAAGGAAUUCAUUCCAUACAUGGCAGAGAAACAUGGCUUCCAGUAUGAGUUUGUACAGUAUAAAUGGCCACGCUGGCUCCACCAGCAGACAGAGAAGCAAAGGAUCAUCUGGGGAUAUAAGAUCCUGUUUCUGGAUGUGCUUUUCCCUUUGGCUGUGGACAAAUUCCUCUUUGUAGAUGCCGAUCAGAUAGUUCGCACAGAUCUUAAGGAGCUCAGGGACUUUGACCUUGAGGGGGCGCCGUACGGUUACACUCCUUUCUGCGAGAGCCGGACAGAGAUGGAUGGAUACCGUUUCUGGAAGUCGGGCUACUGGGCCAGUCACUUGGCAGGACGUAAAUACCACAUUAGUGCUUUAUAUGUGGUGGAUCUGAAGAAGUUUAGGAAGAUCGCAGCAGGAGACCGAUUGAGAGGCCAGUAUCAGGGUUUGAGUCAAGACCCAAACAGCCUGUCCAAUCUGGACCAGGAUCUGCCCAACAACAUGAUCCACCAGGUGCCGAUUAAGUCACUUCCUCAAGAGUGGCUUUGGUGUGAGACCUGGUGUGACAAUGCUUCAAAAAAGAAAGCCAAAACUAUAGAUCUGUGCAACAACCCUCAGACGAAAGAGCCAAAGCUGCAGGCUGCUGUGCGUAUAGUAUCAGAAUGGAGCGAAUAUGAUCAGGAGAUUAAGAGAAUCUACAAUCACUUUUUGGAAGAGAAAGAGAGAGCCAGCAUAGACAGAAUUCAGACAACAGACAGAAAACACACAGGUGGUGACAAGCACAUAGAGCUCUGAUCUAAUGCUGUACAUCUGAUGAAGAGGGGACUCUGUUUAAAGAGUCGUCUUUUCUUCACUCGUUUUAAAUAAGCCUAUCCUCCAGGAAUGGGUUGACAUUCAUGCUGUACUUGACUAGAAGAGAAAUAAUGCAAAUUCCCUCUUUUGUAUCUGAAUGGUUGUGGCUUAUGUUUGAUGGUGUUGGGUCAGGGUAAAGACAGACAUAGGGCAUAUUUUCUCGCACUUUUAAUGAUUAACCCCAAAACCACUCUGGGCCUGACACAUAUGUGCAUUUAUAAACGAAAGCAGUUUAACCUAGCACGGUCUCCGAUUGGUCAAGGCAGGACCCACAGGGAAAAAUGUAAUUGUGCGAGACACAAACACUGCAUGUGCACAAUUUUUAAUAUAAUAAGGUUUGGUAAAUGUCUCUCUUAACUGUAAUCAUGCACUGAAAAUGAUGAUUAAAUCGUGAAACACAGAUUUUGUGGAAUUUUAUGAAAUAAAAAAACUGAUUAAACAUUUUAUGCAAUCAAACAUCAGAAAAAUAAGUCCACCAACCAAAAUAUGUUUUAAUGUGCCAGCAUUUUACACCUGAAUAUGUUUUUUGUUUAAUUAAAAUUCUAUGUUUAAGAUUAUUAGUAUUUAUUUGGGGGGCCACAAAGCGAUUCACCCUACACAAAGGGGGCCUUGCAACGAAAAGGUUUGAGAACCACUGCUUUAGAAUAUUCAUAUAAUAUUCUUGAAAGAAAAUCUUGCGAGUUCAUUCUUCAAUAAUUCUCCUGUGUUCCAUUAAAGAGAGUCAAAUUGUUUGGAUCAUCAAAUAAAUUACGGAAAAUGUA